CUGCAUAAUUUGCAAAGACCCCUGAUUGUGACUGCUCCACUAGGUGUCUGUUGGGCUCAGGGUGCAGGAGAAGGUCAUUUCCUGACCCGGUCCCUUGCAGCCACCUCCACGAUCUUACUGCUGGUCCGUAAUGAUUUCCUUAUCGUAAGAGGAAGUAGAUUGGAACUGUGAUGAGAAGAUAGCAGCGGACGGAAGACCCGUUGUUCAGGUAAGACCUGGUUUCAUUUUUUUCAUGCAUGUUUUAUGUUGGUUUUAGAAAUGUUUUGUUUUUAUUUAAAGGAUGAAUUUUAUGAAAUCAUCCCCAGAUAGAGGAAAAGAGGAAUCCUCGUUUUUCAUGAACACUAAGGCUCUCUUUCCUGAUUCUGAUCUAAUGGACCAUCUGUUCACAAGAAUUAUUGUUUCUAUGUUUGAUACAUUUAUUUUUUUUACCCCGCAUAAACAUAUAAAUUCAUUCAUCUGAAAAAUAUGGAUUAGGGGGAUAGUCACUAGACUGGAGAGAAUGGACAAAAUAGUUGCACGUUUUUCACCAAACUAUUUGGAAAUAUUGUCCAAAUUCUGUUCUUACUUUAUGAGUCGCAUUGCCUUCUUCUCUCAGUAAAUUUCAGAGCUUUUCCAAUUACAUUUGAAAUUCAGAUUUUUAUCCAAAAUGUUUGAGUUUGAAACUUAUUCCCACUCCUCUAUUUCACCUAAAAUGUGAAAUUUACUUGGAAUUCCUCAAAAUUGCACGUUAGUGUAUAAUACUGUACGUGUUUUGUGGGGGAUUUUUAUUUUUUUUUGUGGAUUUUUUUACUUUUAAAAAUGUAAACAGUGAUGACUGGCAAAAGAAAGGGAAAUGUCGCUGAGAUAAUCUAUGAGUCACAAGCUGUGGGCGUUGGGAAUUAAAAUAGCUUAAAACAGAAAACUAUUGAGUAAAAUGUCCACAGAACAGUCUGGUAAAUAAAAGAUUUUUGAUAUUAUAUUCUCUUUUAUAUUAAGCACUGUAAGAACUUCUCUGUCUCAAUUCCUUUUUUUUUAAAUGUUUUGUCUUUUUAACUAUUGCUUUCUCUGUUGGAGGCAAUGUUAAAAUGUAAUGUCACUAUAACAAUGUUAAAGGAACACAAUAGGGUCAGAAAUACAAACAUAUCCUUCACCACUCCCCUCUAUCCUUUAGGUAGCCAGCUCCCUUCCCCUUUAAAAUUUGUAAAAUCUCACCUUUAUUCCAGCACUAUGUGAGUCUGCCGGCCCCGCCCCCAAUCUGCCUCUUUGGCUGACAUCAUAACUAUUGAUGAUCUCAGUCAAUCCAUAGGAAAGAAUUGGAUUGGCUAAUAUUGUCAAUUCUAAAUAUCCAAGGAGGAAGAGCAGGGACAGAGCCAAACGCCACCCUGGCCAGUUAGCAUCUCUUUAUAGAGAUGCAUUGAAUGAGUGCAUCUCUAUGGGGAACGUUCAGUGUCUGCAUACAGAGUGUGGAGUGCUGUACGUUGUGCAGCACUGACCCAGGAAGCACCUCUAGUAGCCAUCUGAGGAGUGGCCGCUGGAGGUAUCCCUAGGGAGCAGUAUAAACACUGCCUUUUCUCUGAAACAGCAUUGUUUACAUUAAAAAGCCUGCAGGGACAUAUACUCACCAGAAAAAAAUACAUUGAGCCGUAGUUGUUCUGGUGACUAUAGUGUCCCUUUAAAUAAACAUGUAUAUUUGUAGAUUUAGUUACUAUAUAUCAUGCCGCUGUUUUCAUAUGAAAUCAGUACAGGGAACCACCUCCAAUUCAAAAUAGCCCUGAAUGUAUUAUAAAUAGUCUUACUUAAAGUAUUCUUUUUUUUUUUUAUUUAUUUUUUUUAAUUCCCCCACCUUCUUUUUCUCCUUUGGCAUAAUACAAUAUGUUAUUAUUACUAUCAUCAUUUAUAUAGUGCCAACAUACUCUGCAGGGCUUUACAGCAGUAAAUAUAUUUAGUUCAAAUAUAAAUAUCAGCACUCCAGGGCUUCCAGAAUAUUUUUUUUCGUUUAUUGCUCAAUCUUCAAAUAGGUUGAUAUUUCAGUUCCAAACAGGAACUUUCAUCAGGACGGCACACAAGUAUAUUUAUUUUUUGAUAUUUUAUUUACAUAUGUUUGACAUACCCCGGGGUCGAGGAUACACAUCACUCCAUUAUUACCCACUUUUACAGUACAUAUUGUAUAAAUAUUUCACUAUAUUACGUUUUUUUUCUGUCUUUGUGGAUGCUCUUAUUGUGGAUGUAAAAAACACAAGAUAUAGAGAAGAGGUGUAUCUCCCUAGUGCAGGGGUAGGCAACCUUCGGCACUCCAGAUGUUUUAGACUACAUCUCCCAUAAUGCUUUUACAGCCAUAAUGCUGGCAAAGCAUCAAGGGAGAUGUAGUUCACAACAUCUGGGGUACCGAAGGUUGCCUAUCCCUGCACUAGAACUAUUCUUGGCAGAGCUAUAGCUGUUGGGCUGUGAACAAAUUAUGAAAGAUAACUUGCCGUCUGAAUUGGACUGCAUGUCCUGUUUUAUCCAGGUCCAAGAAGAUUUAAAAAAUUAAAGUGUCAGGAUUGAUGCAUUUUUUAUAAUGCAUCAUAUUGAUAAUACGCUAGAAUAUGUCUAAACAUCUCAGGCAGGUUUCAUUCUGUGUUUGUUAAUCUUCGUUUUGUGUAUAUUAUUUGCACAGUGUUUCAUGCAUUGACUGAGAUCACACUGCUGACUCUCGUAGCCAAUGAAUGCACAGGGGGAUCAGCUCUUAUGAAGAUUCCAUGCAGGAGAUAAUCUGUUGCAAAAUGGUUCUAUUCCUAACUUUGUAAAUGGCACGGGAAACCCCUGGUAUCGUAAUCACUACAGCAAGAUAUACCGUAUUUUUCGGUGUAUAAGACCCCAUUUAUAAGACCCUAUUUUUUUUUUUAAAACUCAAAAUUAAGAAAUACACAUUUUAAACAUAUAUACAACUGAAGUCUAGUUUGGCUGAUCAGGAUCCCCCACCGGUUCCGAGCCCCCUCACACUCCAGUAGGCCGCUCCUUGAGGUCCGGGCACUUGUUCCCUAGACCGACGUCCUACUGUUGGCAGCAAUGAUGCCCUCUGCCCAUGGUACCCUAUGGGGAAUGUCCGGACAAAGCCUCAUCCUGUGGCAUCUAUCUGUAGUCCGGAGCCAUGAGGUCUUGUCAUGGUCCAGAGUGAUGCGAGGAAGCCUGCGGUUGCGCAUAUAAUCGAUCAAAUUCAUGUAGAAGCGCCUUCUUUACUUCACGUAUGGCAGCAGGUUGCAGAGGUGUACAACACAGCCUAUGCCCGCAGGAACCUGGCAGUAGCAAACCCAACAGUCAGCUGAGUUUUCUGUCAGCGAAUAGCCAAGUUUUGUGCCCAAAUUGCGCUGAGUAAGUACUGUAAGUAUUUGGCUUAAUAAUUACAUUUUUGAAGGAACUCCAGCCGCAUCUGACUAGCUUGGUUGGCUAUCAGACCCCUCGCUCAAGUGAUAUCCUGUGUAUAAGAUGACCCCCAAUUUUAUAUGAAAAAAAUGUGAAAAAAAUAUAGGUAUCCCCUUAAAGGUACUCUAUAGGAAUGUAAAACUAUAUUUCUAAGGCUAGAGUAAGCCCCAUCACUCACAUACUAUGUCCCCCACAGCAAGCUCAAACAGAGUUAAAAACCCUUUUUUAACUUAUGUGAUUCUGCAUUCUCUGAACUAACGGUAAUGGGGGAACCUAAUGCGCAUGCAUGGCGACUGACGCUCACACAUUAGGCCUUCCAUGUGGGAAUUUUCAAGGUUUUGGACAUCCCAAUGCAAAGUGUGAAGAUGUCCAGUGUCGUUUCACGGAUUUAACUGCAGGAAGCGCCACCAGUGGCUGUCUGUUAGGCCGUCUUAAAGUGACACUAGAGGCAGUCUUAAAGGGACACUAGUCACCAGAACAACUAUAACUUAUUGCAUUUGUUCUGGUGAGUUGAAUCAUUCCCUUCAGGCCUUUUGUUAUAAACACUGUGUAUUCAGAUAAAAUGUAGUGUUUACAUUACAGCCUAGGGAUAACUCCACUGUCUACUCAUCAGAUGGCUGCUAAAGCUGCUUCCUGGGCCAGUGCUGCACAGUGUGACUGACAUUCUGUGUCUCCACCAGGGGUCAAGUCACCUAAGAUCCCCCAACCUCCCCCCCCCCAAAAAAUAAAAUAAUAUACACUCAUAUGCAAAUAUAAACGCGUGCCCAGACACACACUCACAGAUACAUACACACAUAUACACACACAGACACAUACAUUCACAGAAACACACAAAUUAUUCAUAUUUUUUUUAAAUUUGAAAAAAGUCCACCCAGCCUCCCUACCUGGAGAGGUGCGUGGACCUGUCCCUCGGGUCCACUGGGGCUUCAGUGAGGCGGGCGCCUGCGUACCGGUCAGACGCAGCGAGGGAGCUGUGCUCUCUCUGAUCUUCUCCCUCUUGCCGCGCGGGCUGUCUACUGAUGCCAGGAGCCGGAAUAUGACAUCAUCGGCGCGUGAGGGAGAAAAUCAGAGAGAACACAGCUCCCUCGCUGCAUCUGACCGGUAGACAGGCGCCCUGAUGGGGGUCCAUCAGGUGGCCAUGAGGCUGGCAUUUCUUGCCCCCCCUGAUUAGUGCCUGCAGGAGCAACUGGAACGGCGUUCCUGCUGUGAACAAAGUGCAUGAACACCGUUCUCACGCGUUCUUGCAGGACUCGAGCCCUGGUCUCCACCUCUGCAUGCAGACACUGAACUUUCCUCAUAGAGAUGCAUUGAUUCAAUUUAUCUCUAUGAGGAGAUUCUGAUUGGCCAGGGCUGUGUUUGACUUGUGCUGGCUCUGCCUCCUUGAUAGUCUUAGCCAAUCCUAUAGGGAAGCAUUGUGAUUGGCUCAGACCACCACUUCUGAUGAUGUCAGCAGGCAGGGGCAGAGUUGCAGACAUGAAUACGAGUAAGAUUUUACUAUAAUUAGGGAGGCAAGAGAGUGCAAGGGGGGCUAGAUGGUGUUUUUAGCACUAUAGGGUCAGGAAUACAAGUUUGUGUUCAUGACCCUAUAGGGUUCCUCUAACCAUGCAAUUAACACAUUGUAGUUUCUCUGAUAGUGCAAUGUUUUCCAUUGCAGUGUUAAGGACAAAGGGACAGUGCACCCAGACCACGUGAAUGAGAUUAAGUGAUCUAAGUGCCUAUAGUGUCCAUUUAACAACUGAGAAACAUUCAAAUAUGAUUAUCCUUUUAUUUAUUUAAUGGAUUAUAAUUGUAAUUCAGUAAAAUAAAAAACAGGCCACCUGCUGUGUGGAAUUUCAGUUCAAUGCAUAAAUGCAUUUUUAAAAUGUGGCAAAGUAUUCUUUAAAACCCCUACAGCAGAAUGAAUGUCUGGUUGGUUAAUGAGUAAUAUAUUUCAGUCAUUUGUCCUGUACCUUUAAAUGCAGUCUCAUUGCCAUUCAACAGAAAUCGCACACAAUGGCUUGGCACACGCUGAACUCAUGUGAUCAUCCCAAAAAACACCUCUUUGUUAGAGAUAAAGAACAGCAUAAAAGAACAGGAUUUCCUGUACAAUUCUGGGCUAUCCUCACACAGUCAUCUGAUCGGUGCUGCUAACGUAGAGGCAUUUGGGUAAUGACGCCUCAGUAUGAUGCUUGCAUGGGUUCUCAUAGAAGAAUUAGUGAGUAGUCUUUUAUUUUGUUACUAUUUGUAAAUGUUACGUGAACCUGACUCAUUCUCAAAAGUAAGUGGUAAAAAAUUAAAGGCCAUUUUGUUUUACCAAUGAUUCGUUCAGGCUCAGAUUUGCCUAGUUUAAAUAGAUUUUUGUUUGCUAUGUACAUCACUUUGGCAUAUGUUGGUGCUAUAGGAAUAAAUACUUAGAUUAAUAAUACUAUGCUAACUUUGAGCAUUGCCCCCCGCUAGAUUUUGGAUGCACUUUAUCGCUGUGAUAGCUAAAUAAAAUAGAACUUACUGUUGGAUUGAAGAUACAUUACUAAUGUUAUUAAUUUCUAUUAAAUGUAUUAUUAAUGCAUUUUUUGCUACUUUAGAACAGACCAGGGGUAUCCAUCGUGUUGUUUUACGACCGUCCCCAGGAAUCCCUGCCAGUAUCAUUGCCUUUCAGGGAAUUCAGUAUAAAGCAGUUCAGCAGAGGCAGCAAACUAAUUGGAAAAAUUUGGGUAAAAUGUGCUGAUUUAGAAAUAUUGUCCAACUCCACUACAGUCACAGCUUAGAUGGUUUAACCUCAGUUUUGCAAUUCAGUUUUUCUUCAUUGCGAUUCUAAAGUUUUUUGUUUUUUUUAUAUAUAUAGUUUUUUUUUGUUUUCCUUUUUAAGAAAGUACAUAUUUUAUAACCGUGAGUUAUUUCUAUACAUUGUAUAUAUUGUGUGCUUUUUUUUUUGAAUUGUUAAAGUUUGAGAUGAAUUACACUGAUAUUCAUUCCAAUCCAGACCAAUCCGUUUUUAAGACUACCUUUAACUCAGUUGCUGAUAGUUCAGAGAAGUUGCGGUCAUUGAUUUCGGUAUUUUAAUCAUUGUAGAGAAAUGUGCUGUUGCAGGUCUUUUAAAAAGCAUUUUGAUAUCUCGGGAUUACAGUCACAGCGAGGAGAUCGAGUUUCAUUACACUGUCUUGGAUUAAAUAAAUAUUCUAUUUGAGCUUUGAUCAGUCAAACUAGCUAGGUCUAAAGCAGGGAUAGGCAACCUUCGGCACUGCAGAUGUUUUGGACUACAUCUCCCAUAAUGCUCUUACAGCCAUAAUCCUAGCAAAGCAUCAUGGGAAGUGUAGUUCACAACAUCUGGAGUGCCGAAGGAUGCCUACCCCUGGUCUAAAGUCAUGAAAAUAGGAUAAUACUAGGGCUGUACAGAAAAUCAUGAGAAUCCUGUUUUAUCAAAUGAUCUUACUCGCAACCUUCCAAUUUCAGGACGUAAUCCUAACACAAUGUAGAUCUGGUGACAUAAUAAAUGACUCUCACUCCACAAAGAGGGUGAGACAAACAUUAAGAGAAAAAUAAACCACUUCAUUCCAAGAUUCAAAAUCCAAAUAAAUGAAAGAAAAUGAAUACAGCAGUAGAUAAUUCAUUUUUUUCAUUAUUGUUUUUAACAGUUGUAGAUAGUAUUAUUUUAAUGAUUGUAGUGUUUAUCACAACAUAUUCACUGGGAUUUUUAAUCUUUGAAAAAGUUCUUUAUUUUUUAUUUUACUAUUUAUUUUUCGUGCCCUCUUUUUGGAAUUGGUUAAACAAGAUAUCAGUCAUCAUGGGAGAUUGUCAAAGAUCACCCCAAGGGGACUGAGGACUAUUUUAUUCUGUGUGAUAGGAUGGCAGGGACACCAACAGUUGCAGCUCCAGUUUCUAUUAAUCUGCUGAAUUUACUAAAAUGAGACAAAGAGAAAUGGCAAAACAAAAUCAAACGGCUUAAAAUCAGCUCUGAGUGCUGGAAAGACAUUCAUUACCAGGUCAGACAUAAUCCUGGCAUACUAUGCUGAUUCUGAGAAAGGUCUCACCUGUUUUCCACCAGUAAUGUUUAACUUAUAGCAAAGAAUCCGCGCUCAAUGAAUCCUGUUGUGAUUAAAAAUGUUUGGAUGAAUUCUGCUAAGGACGUUUUUUGUAUGACACAAAUGCAGGAGAGGAAGCAGAAUAGGUAACCAAGAUGCUGAAGGGAAAGUUAAUAACAGGUUAAUUGAUAUGCUUUCCUAAAGAGGUAAUUUUUUAAUGAUCUUCUGAAGGAAAGGAGACUGGGUGAAGGGAGACCUAUAGGAAAGACCCAGCCCUAGAGAAGUCUUGAAGGCAGGCGUGAAAGGUGCGAGUACGAACAAUGGAUAGAGGCAGAUCUUCGGCAGAGGGUAGGGACGGGCGGACAGGAAGAUGAACCUCACUGCUGCAUUCAUUAUAGACUGUAGCGGAGCAAGCUGAGAAGCAGAUUGCAGAAGUAAAGGCAGGAGAUGAUAGCGGCAUGGACCAGACAUGGGAGCUGCAACACUUGAGGGAAGAAAGACCAGAAGUUGUGUUUUGGACAGGUUAAGUUUUAGGAAAUGAGCAGCCAUCCAGUUAAAAACAGCAGAGAGGCAGUCAGAGGGACAAAACAAGAGAGACGGCGAGGAAUCAGGUGACAGAUAGACUUGCCUGUCAUCCACAUAGAUUAUGAUGUUGGAAGCCAAAAGGGAUGAUAAGUUUACCAAGGGAGACAGUAUAGAUCAAGAGAAGUAGGGAACCAAGGACAGAACCUUGGGGGACACUGACAGAGAGGGGUUGUGGAGAAGAUGAAGAGCCAGAGAAAGAAACACCUAAAGAGCACUGAGAGAGGUAGAAGGAGAACAAGGAAAGAGCAGAGCCUCGCAGACUGAGAUCACGGAGGAUGAGAAUAAGUUAAUAAUCAACUAUGUCGAAAGCAACAGAACGGUCUAGGAGAAUUAGAAGAGAGUAAUGGCCACUGAAUUUUACAGCAAUUAAAUCAUUUUUCAGGGAUGUUUCGACAGUGACAAGCGCGGAAUCCAGACUGAAGCGGGUCAAGCAGAGAGUUGGAUUCAUUCAAGUUGGUCAAUCUUACAUACACAACUCUCUUGAGGAUCAUGGAGGCAAACCAUAGUAAACAGGGCGGUAGUUGAAUAGGGAGUUGGGGACAAGGUUGGACCUUUUAGAAUUAGGGUGAUGGUAGCGUGCUUAAUGGGUGAAGGAUAUGCCAGAGGAGAGGGAGAGAUUUAAUAUUUUAGUGAGGGGCUGAGCAAGAGAAGGAGACAAUCCUCUACCUCCGACUCCAGUUGCGUGAUGAUAAAUAUCAUGGUGGAGGCUUUGCAUUCCAUCGGCCUGGUCUCUUCAGGCAAACUGGGCGCAGUGUGAGAGGAUAGAAUGCCAGGAUAUGAUCCAUUUCUCUUACUCCUCCACAUGUAAAAAUCAUUAUCACAUUCUGAACUUCAGAGAGAAAUUGUAUGCCGCUGAGACAAACUACAAGGAUCUACAUGGCACCCAGAGCGCAAAUGUAUUUUGUUCAUAUACACGUAUAUUAAUAUACAUAUCCAUUUUCAUGUACACUAAGACACACAUUGAUAUAGAUAUACACAGACUCCUAUGCGCAAACACACACUCACUCACGCAUUCCACAUAUUACUAUACACACAUUCAUAUGCGUACACACAACCUGAAUCAUACAUACUUUCAUGUACACAGACACAUUCAUACACACACACACACACACACACACAAUCAUGUACACUUGCAGACACACACACUUAAUUUUUAUUUUAUUGUUUAUUUUUAACAGUAAGGUCUAUCCAAACUCCCUUUUCUUAUUCUCAAAGGGAUAGCUGGAGUAGAACCUUAUCCCUGGUGUCAAUAAUAAUGUUUCAAAUGUACAAAGUAGGGCACUUUUACACUAAUUUAGAACAAGAACAAUGUAUCUUAUAUACACCUACUGAUUUCUAAACACAUUUAUUGUAGUUUAAAGACACAUUAUUGUUGUGAAACUCUGUUACACACACAGACACACCAACAAUAUGGAGCUCCUAUAAAAGUGGGACAACAUAGGGACUGUCUAUCCUAAAGAGGGGCACUUGGGAGGUAUGAAAACCAUUCAGAAAUGUCCGCUUCACUAUAUGUGAUGCUCGGAAUCUACGUAUUCACCCUGAGACCUAUAGACUUUAACAAUUAAAUAUAAGAAUAUGAAUGUAGAGCUCUGGUCUAUCUUUAAGGAAAUAGUUAUAUGGGAUUAUUUGCUAAAGUGAGAAUUCAAAGUGAAUUUCAAAUUUAAGGACAGAAUAGCCAAAAUAAAACAUAACUGAUUUUUGAAUAUUUGCAGGACAGCUAUUUUGGCCUUAUUCUGAAUUCCCUCCGAUUAGUCCAACAGUGACAUGGCCUUGACUUACCUCUUACUUGACACGACUGUUAAUCUCUCUUUCAUGUUUUAAACUGUAACCAGAUAUAUCUUCUCUUAUAUCACGUCCUUAAUCCCCAUACAGAAUGUUCGCAGAUCACCGUCCGCUACAGAAGUUUAAUAUGACCAGAGAGGCUCAGAGUGGAGUCCCACUUAAUCUCUUCGUUCUGGUUUUUGGCGCAGGGUUUCUCCUCCUGAUCGUUUGCCUAAUUUUCUGUUGCUAUUUUUUCAGGUAACAUGAUAGUGAUAACAGGUUUAUUCAUUUUCCCUCAAAUUAGUAUUUUUGGGAAACUUUAUUGACUGGAAAAUAAUAGGAGAAUUUACUCUGACUUUUUCAGAGUUGGCUCACAGUUAUCCAUAUCUAAAGGCUUAUUAAGAUCAGCUCUGAUGGGUGGAUGUGAAACUUGCUGUAGGUGUUGUAUUAUAAACUGGUAAUAUUACAGAGACAGAUAUAAAUUUCUCUACCUAGCUCCAUCAGCAUCUCUGGAGAAAUAGAGCUUUAAACAUUUACCUAGUGUACACGCCAGGAAAUCUGACUAUGACUAUACCAUAUCAUUUAUUAGACACGUUACAUACAUGUUUUAAAUAUCUAGAAAAAAAAACGUUUCAAUUGUAUGAAGCAGUCAGUACAGAUGUAUGAUCCUGUAGAUCAAACCUGUGAAACUACUAAAGAGAUUCUCUAAUUCAGUCCUCAGUAAGCCGCAAACGUGAGCUUUACGGUGAUGGGCCUAAAUAAUGAAAACUGAAAAAGCAUGUGUGUGUGUAUAUAUAUAUAUAUAUUCCUUGGUAAAAGAAACAAAAAAAAAUGUGUCACAGGUAAAUAAAAGCAGGCCAUUAUCUACAGUCACUGAUACAUGUGGUAAAGCGUUCUCUAAACCAGGGCUCGACAAAUCCCGGUCGCCAUAAAAUUUUGCCCUGGCGCCUGGUAUUUUUCAGCCUUUUACCUAAUGUACCCGCCUGCGGGAGCAUGGAAGCGGCGGUCUCAGGGAGCGUUAGAAAACUUUAUAGCCAGCCGCCCUGGACUAUAUGGAGGCAACCGGCUCAGGGAGCAUGUAGCCGACUGCCCCGGGCUGUGUGGAGGCGGCCGGCUCAGAGAUUGUGGAGGCGAGAAUGGAAAAAUGGAAGCGUCAGCAAGCGAGGGAGCAGUGAUCUCCCUGCGGCUCGUCUCUGCUCCCUCGCGCUUAGUAAUGAUGCCGGGAGCCGGAAUAUGACGUCAUUCCGACCCCAGGAUCCCUGCAGACAGCGCGAGGGAGCAGAGAGGAGCUGCAGGAAGAUCACUGCUCCAUCGCGCACAGGAAUAGCAGCCCCACUGGACCCCAGGGAAACUCCACUCAGCUCUCCCAAAGGUAGGGAGGCUGGAUGGAUUAGAAUAAAAAAUAUAAAUUUGUGAGUGUUAGAUAAAGAGUGUGUGUGUGUAUGUCUGUUUGUGUAUGUCUGUGUGUAUGCCUGUCAGUGUGUGUGUGUGUGUGUGUCUCUGUCAAUGAGUGUGUCUGUAUGUGUGUGUGUGUAUGCCUGUCAGAGAGCGUGUGUCUGUUUAGGUAGCUGAGGGUUUAGGUACCCCCUCCGAUCACAAUAUUGAUGUUUUUACUCACCAUUUUUCCCACGCCAUGCUGGUUUUUCGCUGUUGCUUGUCCUGCCUCCAUAACUGAGUAAUCUCUGCUAAGCCAGUGCUUUCCCAUAGGAAAGCAUUGGGAGGAUAUUUGUUCUCUAUGGGUAACAUUCAGCGCCUCCAUGCAGAGCACUGACACAGGACUCUCUGAGUGACUGUCACUAGAGGUCUUAGUAGGCAGCAAUGUAAAUGCUGCCUUUUCUCUGAAAAGGCAGUGUUUACAUUGGAAAGGCUACAGGGACAGGCUAUAGGCACCAGAACAACUAUAUUAAUCUGUAGUAGUUCUGGUGACUAUAGUGUCCUUUAAAAAAAAAAAAAAUGGCUCCUAGAUUCCAAACAAAGCCCUGCUCUAAACCACCUUGACCAAUCCUGCUUUAAGAAGUGGUCAUGGCGGUAGGGGUCUGUAUGUGCUGUGUCUCUACCUGAACUAUUUUAAAUACAAAUUAUUCUGCACUAUUGUUUCGGGGGCUACUUCAAUCCUGGUACAUUUGAUUUAGACAGCCUGUAAAUCUGUUCCAAGUUGACUAAUGUCAGUUCUUAAAAUAAUACAUCUGUGGUUGGCGCGCACACCUUCACAUGGGGCUUGAUUUAAGGUAAAUGUAUUCUUUAUUUUCAGGAUUAUAAGGGGGGACCUAAUUAAUGUUUGUUUGGGCAUUUUAAACUAAAUACAUAAAAUAAAAAUGCAUACAAAGAGUUACAGUAACCCUUUAAAAGGAGAUGAGGCCCAGGUUAUUUAUCAGUGCAGACAUUAAAUAGUGUUCUGUAUAGAAAUGUUAAGGGCCCUUCUCCAUUAAAACACCGACAUCCGGCAAUCAAUUAAUUACACCGUCUAAGCAUGUGAUGAACCUAAUUAAAUUUGUAAGAUGCUCCAGCUUGACCCGCACUGCUAAUGUAUGUAAUUCUUUUAAUUAACCUUUGUUUACAACAGAUAACUAUUUCAUUAAAUCUGUUACGUGUUCGAAGCAUUAUUUAUGUCGUCCUUGGGUAUUCCUGUUCAAAGUUCCUUCUCUUCUCCUUGUUUCAGGCUGAAGCAUCAGGAUCAGCACAGGAGACGUGGGUACACGAAGGUAUCAACACGAUGCAUUCUUCUGGUCAAUUAGCAAUUUUCAAACCAAAAGUCAAUUACUGUAUUGUUUGUUUAAAAAAAUGUUUUUAUUUUUUUUUAAAAGAUUUCCACCAGAAUACUUUUCUAUAAAUAAAACUUAAAUAUCCGCAGUCCGUGUGCAUGCCUGCAUUUAAAUGCAGUCAAAGUUAAACAUAUCCCCAUUUCAUUACUGUAAUAUACCAACCGUGCUGGAUAUGUAGGGGCGGGCCACGUAUCAAGAUUCCAGGGAAAUAUCACCAAACAGUGCACCCCAGGUCCAUCAUUAAACACACGAACAAAUGGAAUAGCGAUGUUGUAGACUGUGGCACUUACAGCCAUGUAUGUGUACGGCUGAUCUGAAUAUCGUAUGGCUUGCCUGUGGCGCAUUGCAUGACUCUCCCAUCCUGUCCACAUUUCAUACCUCUAAAUGUUGGAUGGUAUUAUUAAUCACUUUCAAGGUUAUUUUACAAAAAUCCAAUUUAUAAACCAAUUUUUGAAAAUUGAUCAGGUGCUAUUACAGCUUUAAUGCUGUGAAACUCUAUAUAACAACUACUAAUCCAAUAUCGAUAACUCCGGAAAAAAAUAAUCACAUGGAAAAGGGUAACUCGGAUUAAAAUGGCUGAUUUUGAAAAAUUCUUCAAUUCUUCUAUAGUCACAGCUUGACUAGGUUAUCCUAAAUUUUGCACUUCAUGUUUCAAUUCUCCACCAUUCAGAGUUUAGUGAAUAAUCCUGAUAGAAUGAGUAGGCUGUUCCUUUUAAAGCCGGUUAGCUGUGAGCCAUGAUAAUUCGAUGGGUAUAUACUAACUGCUAAGUCUAGUGGGGCAAACGUGUUUCAUGCCGGUAAAAGCCACUGAUAAUUUACAAAUGCUGGCACUAAGUGCUAUUUAUAGCUUUCAGCUGCUCCCAAAUUAUGUUCUGCUCUGACAGGAGUAAGCAAUACUAUCCCCAUUAUUUUAUUAACGUGCCAUCUUUGGACCGAACACUGCAGAGAGCUUUAUAGAUCAUAUCAAUCUGCACUAAAGGGAUGAACUUUCAAACACUCGUCAUUACAAAUUUCUGUUAGUCCAAUAAAACAGGUAUAAAAGCAAACUGCAAAACUUCGUUAUUUUAAUUCUACAUUAAAGGACUAAUGCGGCAACUCAAAUAUUAAAAUUCUCAGCACCCUGGGAAUUCUAUAUGUACCUUGUUUGUAGAGUCCAGACAAAUAUUGGAUAAAUAUUUUCACAAAACAAAAAAAAAUUACCAUACAUAAACAAUUAAACAUAAAAGACAUAUAAAAAAUUAAUAAUUUACAGCAACAGCCAUUCUGGAGGGGUGUUCUUAAUCUUAUCCAGUCGGUUACUAAUCGAAAGCUUUCAGCAUUUUCAGAAGUAACUCUACCGGACGUCUUACUUUCUGUUAAAACCGGGCUUUAAAAAAACAUUGGCUCUCCGCAUUCUCCUGGCUGCCAAUACAGCAAUUGCACAAAAAUGAAAAUCUUGUGUCUCCCAAAAAUUGAUUAAGUCGAAAAACGUCUUAAUCUCAUAAAACAAUAUGAGGAAUUGUCUCAUCGCAUCCAAGACUAUCUAGGAAAGGUUGACAAGAUUUAGUCAAGAUGGCAGUAAAGAAACACACAACAAGACAUCAGCAAGCCAGGAUCUUCAUCACCCCUACCAUCUGCUUCACCCCCACACCCAUGCCCCCUCAUUUAAUUUAAUCAGUGUUAUCUUAUACCCUCUGGGGAAGUGUUCUUGUUUUCUCUUGCUUUUAUUUGAAAAUUUGAUGCUGAUGUUCAAUGAAUACAAGACAUACCGUAUUUUUCCGUGUAUAAGACUGUUUUUUUUUCUACACUCUUUUAGUCUAAAAGUGGGGUUUGUCUUAUACACAGAAUGUCACCGCAAGGGUAAAAAAAAUAAAAGCACUUGUGCGCGGUGUCUGACAGCCAACCAAGCAAGUCGCAUGUGGCUGGAGCUCCUUCAAAAAUCAAAUUAUUAAGCCAAAUACUUUCACGUACACUCGCACAAUUUGGCCAUCAACCUUGGCUACUCGCUGACAGAACACUUUGCUGACUGUUGGGUUCGCCACUGCCAGGUUCCUGCGGGCAUAGGCUGUGUUGUACACCUGCGACCUGCUGCCAUACUUGAAGCAGAAAAGGAGCUUCUUCGUGAAUUUGAUUCUGUGCGUGGGUCUGGGAGAUCGUGAGUAACCACAUGCUUCCUCACAUCACUCUGGACCAAGCCAAGACCUCACGGCUCCAGACUACAGUUAGACACCACAGGGUGAGGCUUGCCAGCACAUCCUGUGUAGGGUAUGGCAGGCAGAGGGCAUUGUUGCUGCCAACAGCAGGACAGCACUCCUGGAUACCAGUGUCCAGACGUUGGCGGACCUUGGGGAACGGCCUACCGGAGUGUGAGGGGGCACGGGACCGGUGGGGGAUCCUGAUCAGUCAAACUGGACUUCAGUGUUAUAGAUGUUUAAAAUAUGUAUUUCUUAAUUUUGGGCUAAAAAAGUAGGUGUCAUCUUAUAAAUGAUGGCGUCUUAUACCCGGAAAAAUACGGUAAUUACCAUUUCAUAGUGAAAGAAAAUGUAAUGUUGAUAAACGUUAUUGCUGGUAGUUUCUCAUUGUGGUGCUACUAUUAUCAUUUUGUAACACACUUUUUUGUACAUUGACAGCAUUAAAAUAAAACAAAACAGAGAAAAAAAUAAUAAUUCACAGUGCACGCACAAUUCAAAAACAAAAUAGGACUUAAGACACAGAAAGCCCUAAACCAAAAAUACUUGGCCAGUAAGGUUCUCUGUAAAGAAACUCCAAUUUGGUUCUUGUCAAAACAAUAUCAUAACGCAUUCAUAGAAAUGUUAAUUGUAUCCCAAUAUGUAGUUCUUAUGUCUGUUCAGAACCCUUGUCUCUUGAGUCACAUGGCAGGACACUGUCCAGAUUUAAUAUGUCCUUCGAUCACUACUGACUGGUCUCUGACUUGCAAAACUUGGCAGAACUAAGCUUUUUGAUGUAAAAUCCCUCUUCCAAUUUUGCCUUACACUUCGCAAUUAACAUUCCUAGCAGAUCUACACACAGACCCAUACUGACACCAAAAUAAAUAAUUAGAUACAGGAAGUAAUCAAACUUACCACAUACAACUGUAGAGGUAAUGUGCACAUAAAGAUGAAACACAGGUAAUAUGAUAUCCUUAAUUAAGCAGAGUCUCAAAGUAUCACCGCCAUAAUCUUCUGAGACUGGUAAAUUAUAUUAGACAGAUGUUUGGUGGAUAGAAUCCGUCAUUAAGUGAUCAGCAGCAGUGAUUACCAUGUAUCUAAGUUUCAAACUGGUGUUUGGGGGUUUAUGAAGUCUGUCAAAAAGCUAUUCAAGAUACUGCACAAUGUGUUUCUACGCAGAUAUACUAUUGAAGAGCUCAAAAAGGUUCUGUGAGGUUUAAUGGGAACACUUACCCCUGGGGAAAAUGGCAUGUCAUAUCUGAAAAAUGUCACAAGUUAUCAAUUACAAAGAAAUUUUCUCUGUAAGAGAUCCCCAUCUGCCUCUCUCUUGAGAAGUCAUUAUAACCUCAAAUAAUUUGUCAUGUCAACGAAGGGUUGUCAAAUCAGCUGAAGGUUUCUGGCUUACAGAACUGGUAAACCGUUUAGAGAUUAACUGAGAUAAGGAGAUGAGUUGAGGUUUAAACCUAACUGGUAAUGGGCCGGUGAGCAGAUGGCAUGGAGGUGAGCCUGACUAUGGAGUCCUGCCUUAUUGGUGUUUGAUUAGGAAUUUGAGGUAGAAAUUGACGGAGGGAAUAUUAUUGUCAAAGGUGUUGAGAACCCUCUGACUUCUGCAAGAGUUGGUCAGAAUGAUGUACAAAUGGAACCAGUGUGUACAAUUUGAGUUUGCAACUACAUCACACCUGUAGACAAAUUGUGUAGAUGUGGUUUAAAGUCGUUGACACUUACAUUUUCUCCUACAAAUAAUUUUUGCUUUAUCUUUAAUUGUAAAGCAAUGUGGAAAAUGUUAUUGCUUUAUAAAUGCUAUUAAUAAGAAUAAAAAUAUGAGGUGUUCAAGCUAGCAGCCAGAAAAAUACUAGUUUUCUAGAAUAAUAAAUGACUCCUUGUCUGUGCCAUGGUUGGCAAGUCGUGCAACAUAUCGGGCAAAUUAUUAAGUUCAGCCAUUAUUAAUACAAUGGAUUAUACAGAACAGGGUAGGGAAGAAUCCUUAGCAAUCAGUGUGUAUCCCGUUAGUCUGUUCGUUUUAAAUUAAUGAGAAUUCCUAAUGCAGUUGUUUUGAUGUAUUUUUUUUUCUUCCAGAUUACUUUAAAAGAAAAUGCCAAUAAAAAGAACUUGGUUGGAGUAAGUAUUGAAAUGACUAUUCCCUGAUAAUUAAUUUCCAAUUUCACAGAGAUUUGAUGCCUAGAGUCUAUUUUAUCUGAGCAGUGUAAGGUAUUGGGUGCUUUGAAUAAUUGUGCCCUGAGAUUUGUGGAAGAGAUAAUUUGGAACUACAUCUUUGGAUCUAAAUUGAUAAUAGUUAGUCCUUCUACUCGGUUGGUGAUUGAAUGCUCCUCUUUGUUGCUCAUUCCAUCGUAGGACUGUUAUUUUUGGGGAUCUCAUCACCUUGAUUUACAGUGAUAAUUUCAAGAAUAAGUGAGUUCAUAGGAGGAUUUUAUUUUACGUAUAUUGUUGUGUACAAUAAAUGUAUUGUUUUAUGCCAAGCAUUACUCUUAUUGAAGCAUUCGAAUAAAUAUAUUUAGUCACCAGUUCAAAUAAUUUUAGCUGCUAAAUCGUUUCUUAAUAUAAAUUUUUAGUAUAUAGAUUAAUAUUUUUUUAUACAACCACUGUUUUAGAGGGGUUUUUUUUAGUAAUAGUUUGCAAAAGCUACAUUUCUAACGUGACAAAAAGAGAAACAGAGUUACUGUUUGCAAUAUCAGCUAUAGAGCAUGAUCAGAAAAUACCACAUUCAAACGGUACUUUUGGUCAAAGAUGGAGACAAAGGUUCUAAGUCACAUAGGAAAUCCAAUAGGUCACAGCAGGCUGACCUACAAGUUUAACAAUCAAAGCCAAUAUUCCAGAAACUAGGGGGCAGAUCUAACUGUAGGUUAACUGGGUAAGCAAUGGAGAUCUCUGGACAUUGAUUCCAAAAUCCCUGCUGCAGUGAUUAUGAUGCCAGGAGUACCCUAGCCCUCUUUACCCUCUUACCUGGGUUCCCGCUGGCGCCACUGGCUAGUGACAACAUCUGUUAAUCCCACCAGCCAUUCAUUAACUGAAAGCUCUCAGCUGACCACUCUCCACCAAUGAAAGCAAUUUGGUGUAAAGGAAUAUGCAGAGAAUUGAUAUUAGCCAACCCAGCACUCUUGUUCCGAGCUUUCUAAUGACACUGCCGGAGGUGGAGUUACAAUUCCAGCAGCAAAGGGUUUAAACUCAUUUAGCCCAUCUAACUCAUUCAAAGCAAAACCCAGCACGCACAGACUCCAAGCACCACGAACACUUCAAAUCAGUGAUGUGGUCCUGGUUCUUGGAGUAAGCCGUUAAAUGCAGAAAUUAUUUAUUGCUCACUUGUAUCAAUUCAGGGAUUGCACACAAUUAUAUUCCAGUUUUGUUGCACAUGUUUGUGGCACCGUGUAAAUCAAGCAUGUCAAACUCGCGGCCUACAAUUAAUAUCUAUGUGGCCCAGCAAUCUGCGAGUUUGACAGUGUAAAUGGCCUCCUUUACAGAGUUUACUUGCAGCAGUAGUAAGGGCCUAGAAUUCUGACGCUGGCUAGGUGUGAGGAGGCUGUGAGCUCUGAUACCUGAAUGAGGACAUUAUUCUUCACAAAAAUGAUGUAGGUGGAAAGGGGCUGAAUUAUGGUAGGCCGAGAUAUAUUUUAAUAAAUAAACCAUCUGGAAACUAAAUUAUGAAAAACUAAUGGCAUCAAAACCACUGCAGUAACUUUACUUAGUGUCCAUUUAAUAAGCUGUGUUGCUGAAUAACCCACAAUGCUUUGCUGUGACAAAUGGAUCCACAGAAUUGACUGUCUCGACUUUAUCUUGACUUUAUCUUGCAGCAAGUGUGUGCAGUUUGCCUUGAAGAAUUUAAAGUGAAGGAAGAACUUGGUGUCUGCCAGUGUAACCAUGCUUUUCACACCAAGUAAGUGCCAGUUUAAGUAGUUUCCUAUGGAGACCUAUGGGUUUAUCCAGGUAGUUGACAAACACGUUGUAAUAUUUAUAUCAACCAAUCCGAAGUGGAGAUAUAUUAACUCUAAACAAUGAUGAACAGCUCACUGUUUAGUGACUAAAGGCUCUAUCUAUGCACCAUAACUACUACAGCACGCUGGAGCGGUUAUAGUGCUAGGAGACCUUACCAUCAUUACCCAGGAAAAAGUCAAACUGUGUUCGAGUGCUUUGACACUUACCUGGGUCCUCUGGGCGCUUGUGAUCUGGUCCUAUUCCACUUUAGAUAUAUAAUUUUUGUUCCUGUUUUGAUCAAAUUCAUUAGUGAAGAACAUCAGUAGAUGCUCUCAAUGAGUUCCAUUUAAACACAAGCGUAAUUCAUGUCACUAAUUGGGAAGUGAAAUAUUACAGGGUUUGAAAACAUGAUUUGCUUUUUGAAAUAACAGGUUGAUCAUUUCAACAUAAGCAAUAUUAUUCUCAUCAUUGUAUUAAUUAUCUUCCUCUUCAGGUGUCUGAUGAAGUGGUUAGAAGUACGGAACUCCUGUCCUAUGUGUAACAAAAUUAUAUCUGGAACAAUACAGACGCCAUCUUUGGAACUUAUGUGAAGAUCUAAUGUUUCCUAUUCUUUGAUACAGACUAAGCAAUUCUAUUUCAAUACAGCACUGUACCUAGUGGUUCUAUCAUGUGAAUUUAAGACGAGGUGGAUCACUUUUAAAAGGACAAAAGUGAUACAACAUAUACCAUACUAGGCCUGAGCAAUAUUCGCUAAAACGCAACAUUUGUGUUAAAGCUCUUCAAAAGAACUUAAAUAAUGGUGUGAAUAUUUAAUAGGAUGGUGCAUCUGUCUCUAGUUAAUUAGCUUUAUUUAUAAGGGAGGGAACGUUUAACUCCAACGGCACAUAGUGAUCUAUAACGUUGCAGCUCCAUUAAAGCCCCUACAUGGUUGGUUCCAGCAGCCCACGUAGAUGUCAAUCGAUGAGUGUUGAAUGCCAAAUCCAGAAAUAGAAUGGGAAGCAGGGAAGAAGGGAAUGUGAGUGUCUCGCUAUAGUAAAGUUGGCAGAGGGAAUGUGAAUUAAACUUCCAAUGAGGGUGAAGCUGACGAGUGUGUGAAAACCAGUGAAAGCUAAAGUUGGUUGAGAAGAAAACAGUUGAAAUGUACAAGCAAGUUAGGCAGAUGGAUCAUGUGGGUGAUGUUAUAGAACAUAAAGUUAGGCUGCUAAAACCAGACAGUGAAGCAAAUGAUCACAGAAUUCUUGUAAUCGAUUGUGAAUCAGCCAAGUUGCUACGUAUACAAUGGUGAAUCAUGCACAAGGGGAACAUUAACACCAUGAAAGGCAAGGCCAGGCUGUUCAUGGAUCAUAUGGAGUGAUUAGAUGGAUGGGGUAAAAUCCUUACCUGGAGAAGUGUGAUAGGAGAUAUAGUCACAAAGCUGUCGGGUUAUAUUUAAAAUUCAAUCCUGGGACAAUUUUAUGAAAAUAGAAUAAUCAGUUGGAAUAUUCCAUUGGUGUCCAUGGCAACUCUUUGACUUUUUGAACUUUGGUUCUGAAUUGCCCAAUGAGCAGCUUGAUUGACAUUUGUUGGUACCCUUGUGGGCAGUUGUAGCAGAAUAGCUCUUCAGAUUGUAGGAGUAGAUGGCAUGAGAAUGGGGCAGGUGAACUGGGCAUAUAGUUUUAACACUCAGAGUGAGUCAUAUGAAUGCUUUUUAAAGAACUGUACUGUGUAUUCACUACGAGCUCAGUUUAUGUCAAAACUUAUCAUCUGAGCCAGUGUAGCUGGGAGGAUGGGCACAACUUAUUGCUCAUUAGUCUGUUCUGUUGUUUCAAAUGUUCGUAGUAAUUUAUUAAUGCAUAUCUUUUUGUGAUUUCUCUCUCUUUAAAAUACAAUCAGAAUUAUUUACUAAAGUGUGAAUUGUCAGGAAUUUGGAACAUAUUUUAAAUCUUCGGCUAAAAUACCUGAAUUAAAACACGACUUGUUUACAGCUAUGUUUUCAGACCACCUAUAUUGGCCUAGAUUUUGACUACUUGUUGAAUUUCCGACGAUUCAGAACUUAGAGAAGAUACACAGGGUUAUUCAAUUAACUAUGAAUUUAAAAUAGAUUUAGAAAAAAAUGGGAUAAAAUAGAACUACAGUAUAAAUUCUCAAAACCGUCUAUAGACCCACCUUGAGUACACUUUACAUAAUAUUUUUUUUAUCUACUGUUUAGCAAUUCAGCCCCUAUGGGUUUAAAUUACUCUUUAAUUUGUGAAAUUAUUUUUCAUAAAAAUCUAUCAUUUUUGAGUGCUGCUUUUCCAUUGCAAAAGGUUACGAGCUGGGCGGACCAAUUGGACCAGUCCAUUGGUUGGAAGAUUUAAACCGUUCCUUCCUUAUUUUCGAUCAUUUACGGUACAAGGAAUUAUUUAAAGCCUGUGCAACCUUUUAUACAUUUUGUUUCUGUUUAAUAAAAUAAGAGCUUAAUUGAAGUCAUACCAAUUAAGUGAUUUUAUGUUCGUCAUGGGAUUGAGAACUGUUUGCAAAAUGGUUUUAGUACAAC